AUGAUCGAACAAAGAAAAAUAAACGGGGAUUUACGAAAAGAAAGAACAACGUGUACAUUCGACGUAGAAGAGUUGACGAAUUACUUAGACGGUGGCGCGGAGGUCACCAGAAAAAGACGGAAAUUCGGUACCUACCUAAUGUGACUAAAUUUUAUAUACAAUCUGAAAUUAUAUAUACUCGCUCAUUUUCAGUGAACUUUUUCUUAAACGAUUCGAGUUUUAAAAACGACGUACCCGGAGAAUAUUUAAGCCACCAAGAACUCUACGAAGAAACGAUACGAAAAGUUUGCAUUCUGUUCGAUAAAAUUAAAAAAUGGUCGAUAUUGAACAACGAUACGGACGACAUUUAUUUGUAUGUUUAUGCGUGCAAUAUGUUUGUGUGUUAUAAUACUGUAAUGUAUUAUAAAUACUGUCAGUACUUAAAACGUUCAGUUUAUUACCAGUGGCGCUGACAUUAGUUUUUAGAGGUGGGGUAAAGCCGGUAGCGUUCCCAAGAACUUCCAAUGGGAGGGGGGUUGGGUAAUUUCUAGAAAAAUAUCUAAGAAGCUAUCAGCGCACACCCCUUUAGUUAUGAAAUUCACUAUUAUUUUAGAUUCUGAGUGGAGCGAGGAAUGUAUUUGUUUUACAAUGAUGUUUAUUUAUUAUUUUUUUUGGAAACAUUUUUUUUUAUUAGAAAGCAUAAUCCGAUUAUCAAGUAUAACAUUUUUUAUGAAAGUAAAUGUUCUCUGGUGGUAAAUUAAAAAGGACAUUUUUUUGAAAUUCUCAUUAAUAUUUGAGAUAAUGAGGAAAAGCCGGAUUUUUAGAUUAAAAAAUGUUGACAAAUUAAAAAUAAGGUUGUCAGUGACAACAGUUUUUAUUAUUUUAAUCUUUUUUAAACAAUCAUUGUUUUCAUGGAAACGUGCAUUGUUGUUAUUAUUUUACUAUAAUAUGACAUAUAUAUUGUUACAAAGCAACACAAUCAACUGAACUCAGAAUCGGUUUUUCGUUAGCAAUGGUUUAUCGUUGCUUACAAAUAUACAUUAAAUUCUCGUCUAUAUUCUACCUUUCCAACUUCCCACCUACAACAGUGGCCACGCCCACAUGUGAAGUAUGGUAAAAUAAUUACAACAAUGUGCGUUUCCAUGACAACAGUAAUUAUUCAAAAAAUAUAAAAUAAUAAAAACUUAAUAAUAACAAAAAAUAAAUAAAACCGGUUGUCACUGACAGCCUUAUUUUUAAUCUUUCAAUCUUUUUUAACUUAAAGAACCAGGUUUUCCUCAUUAUCUCGAAUAUUAAUGAGAAUAUCAAAAAAUGAUCUAUUUUAAGUACCACCCAUAGAACAUUUCUUUUCUGUAAAAGUGCUAUACUUAGAAAUCAGAGUAAGCUUUCUGGUAAAAAAAAGUGUUCACAUAAAAAAAAAAAAAAACAUCUUUGUAAAACUAAGACAUUAUUCUAAACUUAAAAUUAAAAAAAAAAAAAUUGCAAAAUUUAACGCACUUUUUAUUUUUAAUAAUUUAUCAAUAAUUUGUUGGUGCAAUAAAUAUAUUUAUAUUGUAAUUGUAAAUAUAAACGAUACGACACGACAAUGAAUUUUCACAUUUAUUACAAAUUUAAAAAGAAUUAAUUGCAAAAAAAAAAAAAAAUUGGAGUACUCCCAUCCGCAGAGAUUCCGUUUCAGGAAAGUUUGGUAGAUAAUAAAACCAUGGAUAUCGAAACCAUAUAAAAUCAUUUUACAGUUUAAGGUUCAGCUAUUUGAAAAGGUAUAAGUGACUAAAUUUAUCAGACAUUUUUUUCGACUCAACCAAAGAUAAAAAAUAUGCGGAUAACGAGGGAUUACUGUAUUUUAUAAUGUUAGGUAUUAAACACAUAGAACGUUAGAUAUUAGACCAAUACCCAAUAAAGGUUAUUUAACGAUUAUUUGACAAACACGUAAUUUACAGAAAAAUGUUUACGGUUAUUGACAUUGAAAUAAUAUGUUAAAACUAGUUGUCUCGCGCCCGACGUCCGUGCCAAUUUGUAUUAUUAUUAUUUUACCCAUAUUCAUUUUUGGUUUUGGCCGUGUCAGAAUUGAAUGAAAACAAAUAGGUCAAAAGUGGAUAGUCCAUAUUCAGCGGACUAAAAGUAUUCUAUUGUGAAAUUUUAAUAGUGUAAAUAAUAAUAAUAAUAAUAUUAAUAUUAUAAUAUAAUAGUUUUCUUUUCUGUAACACCAAGGUAACCCUUGAAUAAACAAAAAUAAAUAAAUAAGCAAUUAGAUACUAAAUAUACGGUACUUUAAGGUACUAAAUAUACCUUAAAAAUCUCCUAGGGGUUGAAUUUUCAAAAAUCCUUUCUUAACGGAUGCCUACGUCAUCUAUCAGUUAUCUGUGUGCCAAAUUUCAAACCGAUCCAUCCAGUGGUUUGGGCUAGGCGAUGAUGAAUCAGUUAGUCAGUCAGGACAUGUUAUACAUAUAGAUAAUAUAACAUGAAAUUCAAAACUAUCUAAAAAAAAAAAUCCAAAGGGCAUAUACUCUAUAUGCCUUUUGAAAUAUAAAAAUUGUAUUUUCUAAAAAUCAAAAUGUUUUAAGACAUUAAAUCUAUAAUGUUAUUACAUUGCUAUGUAAAAUAUUAUAUUGUUAAACUAUACAGCAGUCACAUUUUUAAAUAGUAUACUCAAAAUAAUAAACGCCAUUAUCAGUAAUAUAUCUAAUUUAGAGACUUCUUUUUAAGAACAUUUAAAUCUAUAUAAAAUAUACAAACAUUUUUUAUACAACAUUAGAUAUAUUUGGCAAUACGGAAUAGAUACGGCAAUUAUGAAACAAAAUAUACCACUCGACGUUCACGUUACUAUGUUUUUGCCAACUCUAAUUGGCCAAGGUACUCCUGAACAACAAAGCGAAUGGGUUCCACGUGCCUUGUCUAACGAAAUUUUGGGUACGUACGCUCAGGUAAUAUUCAAUCAAAUUUAUACCUCAUAUAUACCAUACAUUUAUUUAUACAUUGUACGUUUUCGAUUCCUAAAAAGUUUUAAAUAUUUAAUAUUGUGGUAAUUGUAGCCAAUUAUUUUUAAAACUGGAUACAUUAAAUUUAUCUAAUUAUACUAGAAAUAUUUUUUGUGACAUGAUCACAUUUAUGAAAGUAAACUAAAAGUUUAUAGUAAUUAUCCCUUCCUAUAAAGUCAUUUGACGAAUUUAAAAUAAGUUAUCCGUGAAUUAAUAUUAUUUAUAGACAAACAAAAAAAUAACUUACCGAUAAAUUUGCCAAAAAAACCGAUAACAUCAACAUAAAGUAGGUACAAACUAUAAUCACAACAUCAGUAGUAUCUUUUCAGUGUCUAAAUGACGUCUGAUCUGGUUUACAAAAUCACCAUUUAUGGUAACUCAAACAGAUUGUUUCGUGUUACUAUAUUAUAAAUAAUUAUCAUAAAUGUAUAAAUUAAAGUUAAUUUUAAUAGCUAAACUCUAACUGAUAAAACUAAGAAAAAUAUUUUACACUUAGACUGAACUUGGCCAUGGAACUUUUAUUCGAGGUUUGGAGACUACGUCCACAUACGAUUCGGCUACAGAAGAGUUUAUUUUGAACAGUCCGACGUUAACUUCGUACAAAUGGUGGCCCGGUGGACGUACGUUUUUGUGUUGCACAAAUUGUGCAUAUCGUUUGAUUCACAUUGAACUUGACAAAACUUUAAUUUCAGUGGGUCAUAGUUGUAAUUACGCAGUAGUUCUCGCUCAACUUUAUACCCAAGGAAUACAUCGAGGGCUACAUUCGUUUAUUGUACAGAUCCGAGAUUCAGAAACGUGGAUACCAUUGCCAGGUGCGAGUAUUCUAAUAAUGUUACAUGUGUCCGGGUUCGUUGUUAAUUUUUAUUUUUUAUUAUACUUCAAUGUCUAGUAUAAAUUAAUGAAAAAAUAUUACUGUACAUUUUUAAGUAAAAAAUAAUAUUCUGAUAUUUACUCAUAUGUCAUGAUUAUAAUAUUUAUACUAUUUAUUAAUUUAUGAGUAAGUAACUCUAAAACAAUUUUAGUAAAACAUAAUAUUUUACAAUAUAACGGUAUGACAGAUCAAUUACCUUGUUAUUUAGUCAUUUUAAAAAUAUAAGUUACAAUUUCUAUAUAAAUUAUUCUUAAAUGUUUAUUAGGAAUUAAAAUUGGUGAAAUUGGUAGUAAAUUUGGCAUGAACUCGGCUAAUAAUGGAUACUUAGCAUUUGAUAACGUCAGAAUACCUCGGAAGCAAAUGUUGAUGAAAAAUUCCCUAGUUCACAAGGUUUGGUAUAUAUCUGAAUUAAGACCCAAAGUUAUAAAUAAAAAAAUUAUUUUGUUCAUUUAGAAUGGAGCCUAUGAAAAAUCGUCUCACGAAAAAUUAAUGUACGGUGCUAUGGUAUUCGUUCGAGUACUGAUUGUCAGAAGUUUAGUUACCCAUAAUUUAUUUAAAUCGGUUACUAUAGCGGUAAGGUACAGUGCGAUUCGAAGACAGUCAAAACUAAAAUCAGGGUAGUUAAAAUAUAUAUAAUAUAUAUAUUUCAGUACUAUGAUAUUAAUUAAUAAAAUGCGUUUUCAGUAAUAGCGAAUCUCAAAUCUUGGAUUAUCAAACACAACAGUAUAAAUUGUUUCCAGUUAUUGCAACGGCUUUAGUGUAUAAAUUUGCUGCACAAUGGUUAUGGGAGAAAUAUUCUACAGUGACAUCAGAAUUAGCUGCCGGUGAUUUAAAACAUUUACCAGAGGCUAGUUUAAUUUAAUUUUCUUUAAAAAUAAAACAAUUUUCGGUGUAAUUUCUAAAUAGUAUAAAAUAAAUUCACUAUCCACGUUUGCCUGUUAGUGUACUUAGUUUUUCUAAACUACACAACGGAUUUCGAUAGAGAUUCAUUAUCAUUUAGAGCAGUUAUUCUCAAAGUGGCCAAUAGUGCCCAUUGUGGGUGGUAGUGGCCUUCAGGGAGGUGGUAGUAGGCCCAAAGAAAUUUUGGAGGCAUUGAGUUAGGUUUAGUGGGCGAUAGCUGACUAAAAACUGCACGAAAAAUUUUUUUGAGCUAUGGUUCUGUACAAAAACGAAUUUAUGAGAUAGCUGAAAAUAUUGAAGAAUCAUUGUGCAAUAAACUGAAGACAAUCAAUCAAUGAAUCAAUUUUCAAUUCAGUCGGAUGAGUCCUUAUUACUAACUAAUGACACAUUAUUGUUGGCAUACGUGCGGUUUAUAUAAAAUGAGAAAAUAUGCCAAGAACUAUUAUUUACAAAAAGAAUAGAGACAAAUUCUAAAACCAGUUGCUAAUGACAACCUUAUUUUUAAUAUUUUUGAUUUUGAUCGGAGCCAGGAAUUUAUUGGUUUUACAAUCAUGUUUUUUUUUUAUUAUUAUUAUAUUUUUUUUACGUGAAAAAUUUCUACUAGAAAGCUUACACCGAUUAUCAAGUAAAGUGCUUUUUCGGAAAGGAAAUGUUCUCUGGGUCAAGACUAUCAAUUGAAUUUAGCUUAGAACCGUUUUUUUGUUAGCAAUGGUUUAUCGUUGGUUAUAGAUAUACAAUAAAUUCGAGUACAUAUACUACUUUCCCAACUUCCCACCUACAACAGUGACUGCAUCUACGUGCGAAGUAUGUCCGUCCUUUUUUUUUAUCUUUAUUUGGUCUUCAUUUGGGACAUUCUUGCUUAACGGACAUCUAUGGUUCUUAGAUAGUCUCUUUGUAUGCAGUUAUUUUUCUGAAUUGUCUGUGGUAUUUCAUCUGAAAUUAUAACUAUGUUUUCGAUUCAUAUUUUGGUGUGAUCGUUUUUUUACUGCUGCUCGUAUUUUCUUAAAAAUAUCCUCUACAGAGAGUUCGGUGCCAUGUGUGAUUGAUGUUUUUAGAUGUAGGAAUGAUUCAUCCUUGAUUAAUAAUUAAUUUACACUUAAUUCGAUUUAUUUGACUGUUUGCGGUAAGGAAAGAUAUUAUUUGGAUAGUUAGACAGUUUCAUCAGUAUUGGAUUAUGAUCUGAUGUGCUAGUUCGUUUGAUUUGUUGUGUGUACUAGAAGAAGUAUUAUAUUUUUAAUUUAAAGAACCACUUUUUACUCAUAACCUCGAAAAUUAAUGAGAAUAUCUAAAAAUUCUACUAAUAUACUUCAACCCCCGACCCUCACAUAAAUAAUUACCAGCGCUGGUUUAUCUUUCGUAGUAGAUGUAGAUAAACGAAAAAAUAUUUACUGGCAUAAAAUUAAUGAGUUAUAGUAUAAAGAUUUGGGAAAAUAUUAUAGAAAAAUAAAUUAAAAGUGAAACAUCAAUACCUAGGGAUGAAUUUAGUUUUAUUCCAGGGUAAUCAAUGAUGUAUCCAAUGCUUUUUGAGAAAAAAAUUGUAGAAACAGAGAGAGAAGAAAAACAUAUAUACAGCUAGAUUUAAGAAAGCGAGUACGGAAUAGGAGAAGAGAGUCUCUGCUUUGGGUGUUGAUGAGAAAAGAAGUUUUGAAAUCAUGUUUUAGUUUGAUAAAUGAUACGCAUAAAGAUUCAAAUACGAGUGUAAAAAGUAUGUAUUGUGUAACGGAAGAUUUUGGUGAUGGAGUAGGUAUGAAUUUGCAGAGUUUCUUGUUGAGUUUAGGACAAAAGGACCUAUUAGAUAUUUUUUAAAUAGGAGAAAUAACAAGGUAUAGAUUCGAUGAAUGAUAUUUUUAAUAUUUUAAUUUUUAUAGAGAUAUGUGUGAUGUCAAAUUUUUCAAAUUAAUUUCUCUUAAUUUUAACCAUAAGAAUAAUUGGUUUAUUAUUCAUGAGAAUAUUAAAUGAAAAAUUUGUAUGAUCCAUCAUGAAUGCUCUUAUUUAUAAAAUGUAUGAUAGCUCGAUUUGCUCUAACUCAAUCAGAAAGUCCCAAUCGUUGAAAUUCGGAAUGCCUUUGUUGCUAAACAAUAUUAUGUGCGAUAUAAACAAAGAAAACAAAUGGUAUUAAUGAGGCACAUUAAGAUUCUGCCAUAUCUUGUGUCAGAAGUGAGCACUGGUUAGGUUUAUAUACAAUCCCAUCAAUCAUAAAACAAAAUACAAAAUAAAACGAGUCGGAAAUAAAAACUAUAUCCCUAUGUUACACAAAAUAAAUAUAUUCUAAUUCUAUUAUGUUUUUUUAAGUAAUCUAAACACGGAAAACUAAAAUAAUAUAACAUUUUUUUUUUUAUAUAUCUUAGCUACACGCUAUGGCUUGUUGUUUAAAAGCUGUAGGUACUGCGGAUGCAGCCAUCGGUGUAACCACUUGUCGUUUAGCAUGUGGCGGUCAUGGAUUUAUGAACAGUAGUAAUCUACCAAACAUAUACACGCAGACUACUGCUGCAGAAACGUACGAAGGAGAGAACACAGUGUUACUUUUACAGACAGCUAGGUAAAACAAUAAUAAUAAUAAUAAUAAUAAAAUUGUUAUAACUAAAGACCGGAUUUAUAUGUACUUAUAAUUGUUAAAUAUGAAUGCGAAAAAUAAGCACUAAAAAAGUCAAAAUAUGUAGAAAAAUGUUACGAAAUAUGCAAAAUAUUUUAUUACGUUUUUUUUUUUUAUUGUAAUUCACAAUUUCGAACUGUAAAUUAUUAAUUAUUAUAAUUUGUGUAAACAAAAAGUAAAAUAAAUACUUAUAAUUUAGUAUAGCAUCUACAUGCAGUAUAAAAAUGUAAUAUUUAAAUUUUUUAUGUAUGACUGUAUGAGUAUUUUAAAUUAUACAUACAGUUAAUUAAAAUCUGUAAACACAAAACUAAGAAUAUAUUUUAUUUUUUAUUUUUGAAUACAUUGCAAAAACAAAAUAAUUAGUAUUUUAGUAAUCUAGUUUAGUACAUUAUUGAUAUGAAAAAAGUACAAAAAAAAUAAUAUGUUAAUUGGAAAAACAGUAAGUUACCAAAGUGUGUUACAUGUUCAUGUUUUUGUAUUUUUUUUACUUGUUUAUAGUGACCAAAUAUGCAAAAACACGCAUAAUAUUAUACACUUACGUCGAAAUAUGAAAAAAAUAUGCAAUAUACAAUUUUCUUAUUUAAUCAAUCAAGUAAUGAACUUUCAUUGACUGUAUGUGUACGAUGUAGAAAUUACAAAUAUGCAAUUUAUGCAAAAUCUGGCCCUUAGUUAUAAUGCUUUUAACGAAAAAUGUAAAUUAAAUUUUUUUAAUUAAAGAUUUCUGAUGAAAACGUAUCGUACUGUAAAAACAGGAAGUUUUUCGACGUCUACUACUUUAUCGUACAUGGAAAAUUACAACGAUUUGAAAAAACGACGAUGGACAUCAACAUUAGAGUGUAUGGCGAGUGCAUUUUAUCAAGUCGCCGGAAGGUAUAAGAGAUUCAUUUUAUAAGAAAAUGUUUAACAUUAUUUUCUAACUUACUAGUAUAUUUUUAAACGUGUUUUAGUAAGAUCGAAGACUGUAAUUUAACCAUCAAACGACUGGUGAACUCCGGAGUUACUCAGGAGGACGCUUGGAAUCAAACGUCCAUCAAACUAACUCAUGCAUCUGAAGUAUAUAUUAUACGUGCUAAUAAUUUAAUUAAGUAAAAAUGUAAAAUGCAAUAUACCUAUAUAAUUAGAUAUUUUAUUGGGUAACUCCAAUAUUAUAUUUGAUUUAAUUUUUUCCAUGCAAAAUAUUUUAUUAAAAUGAUGCGCAAAAAAUUUAAUCAAAUAUAAUUGAGUGUAAUGAGAGUGACAUUUAGUUGAUUUUUAUAGGCACACUGUAGAGCAUUUGUUAUCGAUGUAUAUCUGAAAAUUCUUCAAACGUCUACAUUUUCGACGGAGAUAAUGAAAGUACUCACUGAUCUGGGUGAGCUUAUUUGUGCGUGUUGGAUAAUAAAUCGUCUUGGAGAUUUCCUACAGGUUAAUCGUUAACUAUAAUAAGAUAAUUAUAAAUAAUUAUAUAAACUUGAUUAUUUAUUUUUCAGUUUUCGAAUCUAAAACCAUGUGAUGUGCAGUCCAUACAAUAUUUGUUAGAAGAUUGCUUAAAACGUAUCAGACCAAAUGCAGUAGGUCUUGUAGAUAGUUUUGAUAUUCACGAUAAUAUAUUGGACUCGACGCUUGGUUGCUACGACGGUAACGUGUACGAACGAAUUUUUGAAGAAGCCAAUAAGAGUCCUUUGAACAAAGAGCCUGUAAAUCGUUCGUUUGAAUUGUACUUAAAACCUUUUUUGAAGUCCAACAUUUAA